AAACGUCAGGUCAUCUGUCAAAAUCAAUUGACUUCCUUCGUUUGUCAAAUCCACGUUGUUUUAAUUUCCUCAAAAUAAAUUACCGAAGCUUUAUAAAUCACUACUAAUUACUUUAAAUACACACCAUGGCUAAAAAAGGCAAAAUAAAAGUUAGUAAGGUGAAGCGAAACAACCAGACCACGAAUAAAAUGAAGAAGCAGGGCAAAAUGAAGCUGCAGCGGCAUCGCGCGAAGCUUCAGAAACAGAACCAGCCGCCGCCGAAGCCCGAGAUCGAGUACAGCAGUGAGAGCGAGGAGUCGGCUGACGAGUGGGGCGAUAUGUUGGAUGAGGAGGAAAAGGCGUACAUUAUGAAGAAGCUGGCGAAGAAUCCGAGAUUUCUGGCUGAUGUGCCGGAAAAAGAGGAUGAGAACAAAUCAAACAGAAAACGCAGGAAGAUUGACAAAGAGAAGGUUCCGAAGAAACGUCCCCAAGUAGGAAGUGACAGUGGUGCGGAGAGUGACUCUGCCUCUGAGAGUGACUUUGAGGAAAAGUAUGAGCAGGAAAUGGCAGAGAGGCCGGCCAAGAGGAUGCGGGCGCUGCUGCCUAUCAAGACCAAGCAGGGGCUUAUGGAGAGGACUGAGGAGUAUGCAGACACAGAAUCAGAAAAAGAAGAUGACCCAGAACCUCAGAAAGAAGAGCAGACAGAAGAAGAGCCCCAGGACUCAGACUCCGACUCCGGAAUGGAAGGAACGGGUGAAGAAGAUACCGAGACCCCUGAGGGUGGGGUGAUCAGUACUGUGGAGCUGAUGGCCGCCAGGAGAGACCGGCUGAAUCAUGAGAAGCUGAGGAUUGGAGCUCUGUGCUCUUCUCUGCUUGAGGAACCGGAAAAAAAGCUUAAGAAUCUGUACCCAAUCCUGUACCUAAUGGAGGAACGUCUGAAGGACAACACCCUGAACCUCCACUCAGUGCGCAAGAUCGCCACUCUGUCAGCUUAUGAGGUGUUCAAGGACAUCCUGCCUGAGUACCAGAUCAGACAUCAAGACUAUUCCAAUAUCAAAUUAAAGAAGGACACAUUAGCUCUAUACAAGUACGAAAAAGAGUUACUAGAAUUCUACAAAAGAUAUCUACAGAGGCUCGAGAAAGCUUGCACGGUUUUAAGACCCAAAAAAGGAGAUACAAGAAAACCGGAUCCGGCAGCCGUCAGCCUAGCCCUCGUGUCGCUCCGCUGCCUGUGCGGGCUGCUGGCGGCGCGGCCCGCCUUCAACUACGCCACGAACAUCGCGCAGGCCGCCGUGCCCUUCCUCGACAGCGGCCACGCGCACGCCGCCGACGUUGCCACGGAGUGCGCCCAGACCGUGUUCCAAGAGGAUACUAAAGGCGAAAUUACUCUCACCAUCGUUCGACUAAUCAACCAGUUGGUAAAACGACGUGGAGAACGCCUGAAGCCCUCCGCUUUGCGCUGCCUCCUGAGUCUGAAGAUACGGGACAUCGACCUUGACGCGGAGGCCGAUAUCAAACACAAGAAGAAGAUGGAAGAGAAACAUAAGAAGAGAAUUGUUAACUUGUCGAAGAAAGAAAAGAAGCGAGCGAAAAAGCUCAAAGAAGUAGAACGCGAGCUCCUAGAGACAGAAGCACAAGAAAGUGAAGUGUCCCGCCGGAAACAGCUCACGGAGGUCACCAAGACCGUGUUCCACAUCUACUUCCGGCUGUUGAAGACGGCGCCGAGGUCUAAGCUGUUGUGUGCGGCUCUAGACGGAUUAGCUAAAUUCACCCACGUAAUCAACCUCGAAUACUACUCCGAUCUGGUCGCCAUCCUGGCGCGCCUGACGCAAGACGAGCUGAUCGGUUCCCGCGAGCGCCUGCUGUGCGUGCGCUGCGUGCUGGCCGUGCUGGCCGGCGCGGGGGACGCGCUCAACGUGGACCCGGGCCGGUUCCAUGCCGCGCUGUACGCUGCCAUGCUCAAUGUACAUGCUGGGAAAACACACGAGGACGCAAAGAUCGUGCUAGAGUCCGUAGCGCAGGUGUGCGCGCGCGCGCGGCGCGUGGCGGCCGACGAGCUGGCCGCCUUCGCCAAGCGCCUCGCCACGCUCGCGCUGCAGCUGCAGCACAACGGCGCGCUGGCCAGCUUGACGCUGCUGCACCAGCUGGCUCAGCAAAGCAAAGCCGUGGAAUCGCUCUUUGAGCCGGAUCCCGAGUCGGGAGCGGGUCAUUUCGACCCCACGCUGGAGUCCCCGGCGCACUGCCACGCGCGCAGCGCCGCGCUCGCCGAGCUGUGCGCGCUGCGCCGCCACUACCACCCUGCUGUACGGCAGGCGGUCAGCAAGAGUGACAGUAAGCUAUCGGCCGUCCACAUCUUCGAGCAGUACGACGGGUCUCAGAUGGCGUUUAAACCAGCCAUCCCCCCUCCCAAGCCCACCAACAAAGCUAAAGUGCCCCCCACUCACGUGUGGGCUCAGCACGACUUUAAGCAACUGUGUGAGGACGUCGAGAACAAAGUGAAUUUGAGUGAGGUUGACUUUGCAUUAAUGAAGAAAAGAUGAUCGUGGAAGCGUUAUAUUAAAUAAAUGUCUUAUGUUAA